AUACCCUAAACAGAAAGGCUAAACAUGGCAGGCUCCUCUGCAGGAAUGACUGCACUGCUAUGUAAUAUGAAUAAACAAAUUGCAAUAUUUUAUCCAACGAUUACUUACCAAAGGCACAAUUGGUGUGUGAUAAGGAGAAUAUGUAUGUUUGUCUCCCGAUGCCAGAGUCAAGCCCAAACAAAACCGAAAAGUGCUCCCCGGGAGCUGGUAGGUGUGGUGGGUCUGGAGAUCCAUGCUCAGAUCCACUCCAACACCAAGCUGUUUUCUGGCUCCCGGGUCGGGUUCCAGGCUCCACCUAACUCCCUGGUGUCCUUCUUUGAUGCCUCCUUACCUGGAACUCUACCUGUGCUGAACAGACGAUGUGUGGAGGCUGCAGUGAUGACAGGUUUGGCCCUUAACUGUACCAUCAACAGGAAGUCUCUCUUUGACAGGAAGCACUACUUCUACGCUGACCUUCCUGCGGGCUACCAGAUCACCCAACAGAGGCUGCCCAUCGCGGUGGACGGCACCCUGACCUACAGUCACCUGGGGGGCCGUAAGAGGAACGAGGUGGUCACCAAGAGUGUCAGGAUCAAACAGAUCCAGUUAGAGCAGGACAGUGGCAAGAGCCUCCACGAUGACUACAGGAACCAGACCCUUAUAGACCUCAACAGAGCAGGUGUGGGUCUGAUGGAGCUGGUGAUGGAGCCAGACAUGAGCUGUGGAGAGGAGGCAGCAGCAGCCGUCAGAGAGAUGCAGCUCAUACUGCAGGCUCUAGGGACCUGCCAAGGAAACAUGGCUGAGGGCCAGCUGAGAGUGGAUGCCAACGUGUCUGUCCACAGACCUGGGGAUCCUUGGGGCAUCAGGACUGAGGUUAAGAACAUCAACAGUGCCCGCAACCUGGCCAGGGCCAUAGACUAUGAGAUCCAGAGACAGAUGUUUGUCCUGGAGAGCGGCGGCACAGUGCAGAACGAGACACGGUCGUUUGAUGGCAAGACUGGUCACACCAUUCCAAUGAGAGACAAGGAGGGCCUUCAGGACUACAGGUUCAUGCCGGAGCCCAACCUGCCUCCUCUGAUGGUGUACGAGGCGUGCUCUACAGCCCCCCCUGGUGUUGCCCCCAGCCAGGUGGUGGUUCUGGAGGAGGUGAGGGAGAGGCUGCCGGAGCUGCCCAGCGUCAGGAGGCAGAGGCUGGUGGAGACAUACGGCAUCCUCCCCGAACACAGCUUCACCCUGGUGAAUGAGGACGGGCUGAUGGACUACUUUGAGGCCGUCGUCAGGGAGACCAAGGCUGGGCCGAGAAAGGUGAUUGGCUGGGUGAUGAACGAGCUGCAGGGCCUCCUCCAUCAACAGAACCUGAGUGUCAGCCAGAGUCCGAUCUCUCCUCAAGCUCUAGCCCAGAUACUGAAUCUCCAGGAGAAUGGACAAAUCUCUUCUUCUAUCGCCAAGCAGGUGUUCCAGGAGCUGUGGAAGACCCCAGGUAAAACAAUCGUCAAGGAGAUCGUCAAGGAGCAGGACCAGGGUAUGGUCAACGACAGCACAGAGAUCCACAGCAUUUGCCAGAAGGUGGUGGACUCACACCCAGACCAGGUCCAAGCCAUCCGCAGUGGGAACAAGAAGGUUCUGAACAAGCUCAUGGGUCUGGUCCAGAAGGAGACGAAAGGCAGGGCUGACCCAGUCCUGGUACGGGCCAUCCUGGAGCAGAAGACCUCCUGAGGACUAACUAACACUGUCUGUGGCCACCUUGACUGCCUCAACCUUGACAUGCCUGGUGGAAUAUCAAACUGGUUCAAGAGGCAGAAAGCAUGACAUCAUUAUGGCUUCAUCAUAGUUAAUGUCCUCUGGUCAAGAGGAUUAUUGUUGCUAAAUCAACUGUCUCUCAUGUUGUCUUCUGGCACCGUAACCGCCUUUAAGUUGUUGUAUUGUAACUUUUAUUUGUGUACAUAAAUAUAUUCUAAUUCUC